CCCCCAGUCCGCGGGUUCGAGCCGGGGAAUCCCCACCGCGUGCUUUCCUGCAGCCGGGGGAGCGUUUCCCUGGCUCCGUUCAUUUGGCGGGCGGAGCGCGGCGGGGAGUGGAUCGAGGCUGGGCGCCGAGUCGUUUCCCCGUUGUAAAGGAAAACCAACAUGGACCAAGCUGUGGAGGAAGACCCCGAUCCGCCCCUGAGCCCGCCUCUCAGCCAAGAGACCUUUAAGCAGAUGUGGUGCAAAGUGGUCCACCCGUUUUGGGAAUUGAACGCGGACUCCACCCAGCAAACCACCAUCCCCUACCUGGUGGAAGGGGGCAGCUCCACGGAUCAAACCAACUUUGGCUUGUCGGCUCCGCCAGUCUCGGACGGCUCUCCGUUGGGUGCUCUGGCUGAAGGCUAUCCAGGGGGAGAAGGUUAUCCCACCCUGGCCUUAAGUGACUUCUUGGAGAACUCCCAGUUCGUGCCCCUAGCCCCCCAAGAUUAUGGGGCUGGGGAGAGCUGCCCGAUCCCCCCCACGGAAGAUUAUCCGGGAGAAUUCGGCUUCAAUCUGGAGUUUGAGCAGUCGGGCACCGCCAAGUCGGUCACUUACACCUUCUCUCCGCAGCUCAACAAACUGUUUUGCCAAAUGAGCAAAACUUGCAAAGUGCUGAUUCGGAUGUCCGGGGCGCCUCCGCCAGGCUCCGUGGUCCGCGCCAUGGCCGUCUACAAGAGAUCCGAACACAUGUCUGAGGUGGUCAGGCGCUGCCCCCAUCAUGAGCGGCACCCGGAGCACAACGACGGCAUGAUCCCCCCGGAUCAUCUCAUCCGGGUCGAAGGAAACCCCCUGGCCCAUUAUCACACAGAUCCGGGCACCAAACGGCACAGCGUCUGGGUUCUUUAUCAGAAGCCUCAGGUGGGGAUGGCAUGCACCAUCGUCCUAUACAAUUACAUGUGUAACAGUUCGUGCAUGGGCGGUAUGAACCGGCGCCCCAUCCUGACCGUCCUGACUUUGGAGACCGAACAGGGGGAGGUCCUGGGACGUCGAUGUUUUGAGGUGCGGGUGUGCGCCUGCCCAGGACGAGACCGACGAUCGGAGGAGCUCAGCUUCCAGCAGAAAGGAAAAUCCCUGGAAAAUACGAAAAAAGCUCCUUUGCAAGGCCCGCAUCCGUGCGCCAGCAGUGGCAGGCCAGUGCAAGUCGCGCCAGAGGAAGAGGCGCCUGAAUGUGAAUCGGGGGGUACAUCUGAACCCAAGGUUUACACGCUCGUUAUUCGCAACCCCAGACAUUAUGCGAUACUAAAAGAGCUUUUAGAAGGCUUGGAGUGUAAAGAAGCCUGCCAGAAGAACGGGGAGGGCUGCAAGUCCGGGAAAAGCGUCCUGAAGAGCCGGAAACGAGCCAAGUUGACUUCGCCCCCUCCAAAGAAAUUCCGGGUGAAGGAUGAGAGCCAGGACUCCAAUUAGGGAGGGGGGUGUGACAUAAUACCCCCCCCCUCCCAAAUUAUUUUUAUUUUAUUUUUUUGGUCUUGUUUAUGCUUCCUUUUUCGUUCUCCGAAUCCUUUUGAUUUCCAAGGUUGCUCUGUUUCCCAAUCCAGCAUCUUGCAGAGCCCCCGGGUUUUUUGGGGGGGUCCCAUCCACCCCCCCCAAACCGGUUACCAUUUGUUCCCCAAUCUUAACUGGGAACCCCCUCCCCACUCCCAGCCUUCCUCCCCCUUCUCCAGCCCUUAUGCCCCCCCCCCAACCUGGCCUUUCUCUAGAGAGGGUAUGGGAGAGAUUUGGGGGGGGUCCCCAUAUUGCAGCCCCCCCCAAAAGGGAUGGUCAGCUUGCUUCAUUUUUCCAUCCCCUAAAAAUUCGGCUGUUUUUAAAUCCCUUUGCGAUUUGGGCGUCCAAACACCCCCUCCUCCUCCAGGUUUUAUGCCCCCCCCAACUGCUGGGGGGAGUUCCUAAAGGGCCAGCUUUGGGGAGAGGGGUGUCAAGGCUGGUUCCUCACCCCCCCUCCUCAAAUUGCCCUCUCUCUCUCUCUCCCUUUCUCCACCAGCCAGGAUUGGCUAGUUAGUUUUGCAAGCUUGGCAGGUUUUUGAACGUGGGACUUCCACUCCCAGAAUUCCACAGCCGGCCCUUUGAAGAGGGGCAGGCUGGGAGUUGGAAGCUGGGGGAAUUCUGGGAGUUGCAGUCCUGAUCCUUGCCAAGCUUGCCAAACGAACUAGCGAGGUCCGGCCGUUUUAAACAUAUAUAUAUUACAUUAUCCUUGAACACAGUAUUAGUAUUUUUUUUUUUUUGUAGAUGAGUUUUUCUAUUUUCUGAUGUAUUUUUUUUUAAUUACCCCCCUUCGCUUUGCACUUCCUUUGCACAUUCCUUGGAAGUUUAGUUUUGUUUUUUUUAUAUUGGAUCCUUUCCCUUGUUUUGUCACCCAACAUUUUCUAGGGAAUAAAGGCAUUUGUACUGUUUUUCUUUAAA